GAUCUUCAGCCAAGGCACUGGCGUAGACACACACGGUGCUGGUAUCCCCUCGGCACCUCGCCUGAAGCCCCCGUGCCAGGGACAGACUCACCCUCUGCCCCUGACUCCCUCCUUCCAUCCCGACAGCACCAUGAGCCGCUCAGAACUGCUCGCCGUCCUGCUCCUGGCCGUGCCGGCCAUCUCCCUUCCCGUGACGAAUGACAUGAAUAAAGGGGACACUAAGGUGAUGAAGUGCAUUGUAGAGGUCAUCUCUGAUACUUUAUCAAAGCCAAACCCCCUUCCGAUCAGUGAGGAAUGCCUAGAAACGCUCAGAGGAGAUGAACGAAUAAUUUCCAUCCUUCGCCACCAAAAUUUAUUGAAGGAACUUCAGGAAAUCGCUGCUCAAGGUGCCAAUGAGAGAACUCAGCAGCAGAAGAAAAACAGUGGUUUUGAAGAUGAACUUUCCGAAGUCCUUGAAACUCAGAACGACAGGAUCAAGCUGAGAGAUGCGGCAGGGGAGCAGCCCGCGGAGCCCCUGGCUGAGCUGGCAGCACAGAAAACCCAGCAAAAUGAAGAUUCAAGAGAAGAGGGAAAAAACAGCCUGGAGGAGAGGGAGCCCAGGCCACGGGAUGCUGACCCUGGAGAGAAGGAGGAUCAGGAGGAAGCGGAGAGCAACGAGAUCAGGGGUUCAGAGGAUGCUCAGCAAGAUGGAGCUUUGGACAACCACAUUAUCAAAGACUUCAGUGAGGAUGAGCGGCGGCAGCAGCAAGAGGAUGAAGAGGAGCAGCCCAGAGGCCCCAGGGACAGCCUGGAGCUGGAGGACGAGGGAGAGCAGCCACCCAGGCAGGGCCAGGAGCAGAACAAGGGAGGGGAGCGUGUGGAGUGGGAGAAUGCUGCAGAGGAGGACCCGACCGAAGCAGAGAGAUCACUCGAUUUGGCUGAGGAGGACGAGGAGGCUGAGGAGAUGCAGGGAGACGACAAUAAUGAUGAUGCUCUGGGAUUUGGCAAAGAUGGGCGGAGCUCUGAGGAGGAGGAGGAGGAGGAGCAGCCCCGGGCACUGAGAGGAGGAAGGCAUCACCUAGAAGAUGAGGGGAUGCAGGAGGAGGAGGAGGAGGAGGACACCUUCCAGCCCAGGGAUGCUAAAAGUGAAGAGAUGGAGGAGGAGUCCUCCAGGGAGUGGGAAGACUCCAAGAGGUGGAACAAAAUGGAUGAGCUGGCCAAGCAGCUGACAUCGAAGAAGCGUAUGGAGGACAACGACAGUGAGGAAGACCCAGACAGAUCCAUGAAAAUGGCAUUCAGAUCCCGCAAGUAUGACUUCAGUAGUCCAGAGGAAGAUGUGAGAAGGUCGUGGAAGCAUCACUCGAAGGAGGACAGCAGUGAAGGCUUCCCACUUGGUCCCAUGCCCGAAGAAAAGAAGGACGAGGAAGGCAGCGCUAACAGGAGAACGGAGGACCAGGAGCUGGAGAGCCUGGCUGCCAUCGAAGCUGAGCUGGAGCGUGUCGCCCACAAGCUGCACGAGCUGAGGCGAGGCUGA